AUGAGAGUACUGGUUUUCUACGCCGCCGCCCUGGCUUGUGCCGCCGCCGCGCCUUGCGGCACCUUCAUCGCGCACAGCCCAGUUCCCUUAGUCGCCAUCCCGCCGGGAGACGUGCAGGCGGCAGCGAUCGAUGCGAAGGUCGACGUAGAAGACCGCCUCCGCGCCGUUUCCGACCAGGCGAGGGAGUUAGCUGAGCAGGCGAACGAGAAUAAGGACGAGGGCGUCAACGAAGCGAAUGACCUGGCGAAGGAGAAGGCUGAAGAAGCGUUCUGGGCGGCCGAGGAGCAGAAGUGGCAGGCGUUGGACGCCCAGAAAACUGCAGAGGCACUCGCUGACGCGUCCAUCGCGAGCUCUGCGCCAGCCGUCACGAAAGCUGCCAACGCUUACCCAGCCGCUAUUUUUGCGCCAUUAAUUGUUGAUAGCAGCGCUGCCGAAGUUGUUUCUGAAGCGAAAGUCGCAGCACCUUGCGGAAAAGCGAAAUCCGAAACGGAAACUUCUGAAAGCGAAGCGCCGGCCGCGGUCAAAGCGGCGGAAGUCGAGAGCAAGCCGGCCGAAAGUGCCGAUAAGCCCGCGGAGGACGUUGAAUCAGACACUGUGCAAGUGGAAUCCGCUGCAGAGGUCAAAACAGAAGAUGUAAAGAAAGAAGAGGGCGCAGGGUUCGUUGCUCUGUCUCAAAUCCACCCGGCGCCUGCGUUAUCCGCUUCUUUAACGGCUCAGCCUUGGCUGAAUCCCAGCAUCGCACCUAUUACGUACGUUCCCGGGCUAAGAUCCUAUGUUUCCCCCUUCGUUACAAACUACAACGGCCAGCUUUUAAAUCCCGUCUACUUCAGAGCUCCAUGG